AUUUUUAAUUAAAUCUUUUUCAAAUGAAAACCCAUAUAGAAGUGUCAAGUCAAAGAAGAAAGGGAAGAAGAGCUUAGCUUGGUGCUCCAUCUAAUAUUAGAUAUAAAUUAAUGAGUGCUCAUUUAUCAAAAGAUUUAAGAAAAAAAUAUAAUGUUAGAGCAUUACCAGUUAGAAAGGAUGACGAAGUGACAGUGGUUAGAGGUAUGAAUAAAAUAAUAAGGAAAGGCACUCAUAAGGGAACAAAAGGAAAGGUAUCAUCAGUGUAUAGAAAGAGAUGGACAAUUUAGAUUGAGAAAUUGACAAGAACCAAAGCAAAUGGUAGAUAUAUAAAUAUAAUAAUAGGAAUGCCUUAUUAAAUACCAAUCAGAGCAUCAUAAUGCAUCAUCACUAAACCAUAUUUAAAUGAAGACAGAAAACAGUUGCUUGCAAGAAAGGCAUCAGCUAAAGUUUCAACAAAAGGAAAGGGUGAAAAGCAUACAAGUGAAAGUACAAAGAAGGCUGAUUGAAUUUGAUAAAUGUUGUAGAGAAUUAAUUAUGCAUAAU